GUGCCAUAGGUCAAAGUAAAAUACCUCAAUGCCCAUUCCAAUGACAAGCAGUGAGGCAUUUGAGUCAGAGACACACAGUCAACAGAGGACAUUGCCUGAGAAAGAACACAGGUACCAGAAGACUUGCAGGAAAGUAAAAACACUGGUUACUGAAGAGAGUUUCAAUUGCUACUUUUUAAUCGAUUUCUGAGUCCAGUGAAAGAACAAAAAGGGCCACAAUGAAGCUAAAGUUGCCAAACCCAGGACUGGAUGACCGGAUCCCUUCUCAUAAGGACCUCGAGAGGAUGGAGACUGAGGAAGCAGGGGACAGGCCCAAGUGGGACAACAAAGCCCAGUAUCUGCUCACCUGUGUGGGCUUCUGUGUAGGACUUGGUAACGUCUGGAGGUUCCCUUACCUGUGUCAGAGCCAUGGAGGAGGAGCAUUCAUGAUCCCGUUCCUUAUCCUGCUGGUCUUGGAGGGAAUCCCACUUCUGCACCUUGAGUUUGCCAUCGGUCAGCGUCUGAGGAAAGGAAGUGUGGGAGUAUGGAGAUCGAUCAAUCCAUGCCUGACAGGAGUCGGUAUUGCCUCCUUGCUUGUCUCAUUUUUGGUUGGCAUGUACUACAACACCAUCAUGGCCUGGAUUAUGUGGUACCUCUUCAACUCUUUCCAGAACCCUCUGCCUUGGAGCCAAUGUCCCCUCAAUGCUAACAUGACAGGUCUUGUGGAGGAGUGUGCUCGUAGCACCACUGUUGACUACUUCUGGUACAGAGAGACCCUGAACACUUCGACAGCUAUUGACGAUGCUGGAGGUCUACAGUGGUGGAUGGUGCUGUCCCUUGUGUCUGCCUGGACGCUGCUCUAUGUUUGCUGCAUCCGUGGAAUUGAGACCACAGGGAAGGCUGUCUACAUCACCUCCACUCUGCCUUAUCUGGUCCUCACCAUCUUCCUCGUCAGAGGGCUGACCCUCAAAGGAUCUAUAGCGGGGAUUAAGUACCUCUUCACGCCAGAUGUAGAUGAGUUAAUGAAUCCAGCAACUUGGUUGGAUGCAGGUGCUCAAGUUUUCUACUCCUUCUCCUUGGCUUUUGGUGGACUCAUUUCUUUUUCCAGUUACAACUCAAUUCACAACAACUGUGAGCAGGAUGCUGUUGUCAUUUCCAUCAUCAACGGCUGCACCUCAGUGUACGCUGCAACAGUUAUCUACUCCAUCAUUGGCUUCAGGGCCACAGAAAAAUAUGAUGAUUGCAUGGGCAACAACAUCUUGGAGCUAUUGAAUGCCUUCAACUAUCCUGAAAACAGCAUUACAGAGAACAACUACAACGAGGUUUUUAACCACCUCAACACGACAAGUCCAGGAAUCAUCGCUGGAUUGCCAAUAAAGGAAUGCGACAUGAACACUUUCCUCAGUCAGGGAGUUGAGGGAACAGGUCUGGCUUUCAUCGUGUUUACAGAAGCCAUCAUCAAGAUGCCAGUAUCUCCGCUCUGGGCUGUCCUCUUCUUUGUCAUGCUUUUCUGUCUCGGUCUCUCCACUAUGUUUGGCAACAUCGAGGGAGUUGUGGUUCCUUUGCAGGACCUCAGAUUGCUGCCCCGAUCUUGGCCUAAAGAAGUUUUCUGCGCUCUAACUUGCUUAAUAUCGUGUGCUUUUGGUCUCAUAUUUGCCCUGCGCUCUGGAAACUAUUGGCUAGCUCUUUUUGACAGCUUUGCCGGCUCAAUACCCCUUCUGGUCAUUGGACUUUGUGAAAUGAUCUCUGUUAUCUACAUCUAUGGGGUGGAUAGGUUUAAUGAGGACAUUGAGUUUAUGAUUGGUCAUAAGCCCAAUAUCUUCUGGCAGGUGACAUGGAGGGUUAUCAGUCCUCUCAUUAUGGUCGUCAUCUUGGUUUUCUACUUUGUAACCCAAGUCAGCAAGAACAUUACCUAUUUGGUUUGGGACCAGGAAGCGGUGGACUUCCCCACUCUCGAAGCACGACCGUUUCCCUCCUGGAUUAAUGUCAUCAUUUUCAUCCUGGCUGGAAUUCCAUGUUUAGCCAUCCCAGUGUUUGCUGUCUACAAAGUCAUCCAGACAAAAUGCUGCAAGCAGAAGGACUAUGAAGACAAAUUGGAAACCAUCUCUGCCAAAAUACAAAUGAGUGACAAAAUUAAGUUUUAGAGUCCUUUUCCAAUGAAUAUUUAAUAACAAAAUGAAUUUUUCGGUAUGUUGUAAAUCCAUUAUUGCCACAUUAUGCCUUUUUUUCCCCCUAAUACCCAUUAUAGAGACUAUUGACUUGUAAACUUAAAGUAAAUUUGGAAUAAUAUUCUUGUAUGUAGAAAUACAUUUUCUAUUAUUUACUGUAAUUUAAUUUUUUUAAUUAAUGUUUUGGAGAAGACAGUAUUUUUUCUUUUGCUUUUCUUUAUUAUUGUAAUAUUCAGAUACUGCUGUGUCAUAUUUCUUAUAUAAGUGUAUGUUGUAUCUUAAAGAACAGUUAUUUUUUCUUUUUGGCCCUGAAUAGAAGAUUGGCACUUGUUUCAGGCUAGAGCCAACAACAGGUUAACUUAGCACAGAGACUGAAAACCAAAGACUGUAAAUAUAAUUAAAUUAUUAUUAAACCUGA